AUGUCUGAUUCCGAAGGUGAAACAUUCGAGAAACAAGUUAAAAUUGUAAUUGUUGGUGAUGGUAGUUCAGGAAAAACAUCGAUGUCUCAAAGAUUUUCCAAUGAUAAAUUCACUCCGGCUUAUGAUCAAACAUUAGGAAUUGAUUAUUAUUUGAAACGAAUUAAUUUAACACGUACAUAUAAUGUGACAUUAGCUAUCAAUGAUAUUGGUGGACAAACAUUGGGUGGUGCUAUGUUAGACAAAUAUAUAUACGGAGCAGAUAUUGUUUUACUUGUAUAUGAUAUAACAAAUUUACAAAGUUUCGAGAAUCUUGAAGAUUGGUAUCAUUCAGUAAUGAAAUAUUGUGCUGGUAGAAAACCAUUAUUUGCAGUUGUUGGAAAUAAAAGUGAUCUUGAACAUUUACGUGCUGUUAAACCAGAAAAACAUCAUCAAUUUGCUAAAGAUAGAGAUAUGUUAUCAUAUUUUGUUUCGGCUAAAACUGGUGAAUCUGUUGAAAAUGUAUUUCGUCAAGUAACAGCUCAUUUAAUGCAUGUUGUUCUACCAAAAAAUGAUCAAGAUGGUGCACGUAUUAUUAAAGCACCAAUUGUACGACAAGAAUCUCAAAAUACAACACCUAUACAACCAACAUCACCAUUAGGAAGUCAAUCACGUACAUCAGUUUGUAAUUUACAGUGA